AUGGGCCCAGAAAAAACUCUUCCUGCCCAAUCUCACCGCGCCAAGCUGAAGCCAUCCAAACUCUGCUUUAAAAAAGGAAAAAGGAGCAGACUCCCAAAGCAAGCAGAAGGGAAAAUGGCGAUGGCGGCAUCCAGGGGAGAGCUAGUUUACAAAAUCUACAGAGCAUUGACCUACGGUCUAUCACCGUUGCUGCACCUUCACUUACACUGGCGCAAGUUCCGCGGGCUGGAACACCCUCUCAGGUGGCCCGAACGCUUGGGCCGCCCUUCCCUCCCCCGCCCCCCCGGCCUGCUACUCUGGUUCCACGCUGUCUCUUUAGGGGAAGGAAUGGCCGCGAUUCCUGUCAUCAAAUGUUGCAGUCAACGUAGGCCAGAUGUCAACAUUUUGAUGACAACGACGACGUUUUCUGCUUUUGAAGUACUGAAAAAUAGACUUCCAGCUAAUGUUAUAUAUCAGUUUGCUCCAAUUGAUACUCCUUCUGCCAUGGAUGCUUUCCUUGGGUAUUGGAAGCCAAAUGGAAUUGUAAUAAUGGAGAGUGAAUUAUGGCCGAAUCUUGUUGUGGGUGCUUCCAAAUGCGGAAUUGGUUUGGCUCUAUUAAAUGCUCGGUUGUCUGCAAAAUCCUUUAGAAAUUGGUCCAGACCUGUGCUUUUUCCACUAAUAUCACUUUUAUUGUCCAAAUUUUCCUUGAUUGUCCCAUUGAGCUCUGUCCAGGCAAUUCAUUUUCAGCUACUGCAGGCCACACCCUUUAGCAUAAACUUUUCUGGUGAUCUAAAAUAUGCGGUGGAUGAAUAUGAACCUCUUGUGAAAGAUGUCGGAUGCAUAAAAGAUCUGCAGAAACAGCUUUCUCAAAAACGAGUUUGGAUGGCUGCUUCAAUUCACCGAGGUGAAGAAGGAAUAAUGUUAGGAGUUCACAAGGGUCUCAUGCAAACUUACCCUGACCUUGUCACCAUUGUUGUGCCUCGACAUCCGCAACAUGGAAAAGAGAUUGCUGAAGAAUUGCAGAAAGGAGGGCAAACUGUAGCUUUGAGGUCUAGACAUGAAAAACUUAUUCCCGGAACAAGCAUAUAUGUGGUGGAUACACUUGGUGAAUUGAGGCAGUUGUAUAAGUUGACCCCAAUAGCUGUAAUCGGAGGUUCUUUCUUCCCUGGUUUAGGUGGUCAUAACAUAUCAGAAGCAGCUGCAGCUGGCUGUGCUGUUUUGACUGGUCAUCAUGUUGGCCAUUUCUCACAUAUGGUGAUAGAAAUGCAGCAGUUAAAUCCUUUGUCAGUAAUGCAGGUGUCAGGGAAAUUAGAUCUUGAAAAGGCUCUAGGGGAGCUCUUUAGUGAUGCAAAGAUUCUAGAAUCACGACAGAAGGCUGCAAAAGAAGCUUUCAAUGCUUUAUCGAGUAGUGUCGUAGCCAAUGCGUGGAAUCUACUGAAUUUCCAUUUUUUAAGGCAUGUAUUCUCUUAGAAUAUAGACCGGCAUACAAUGAAUAUAAAUAUGAGAGUGAAGCCUGCACCAGAGCACCAGAGCACAUCAAGCCAUGAGAUCAAGCCAUGUUUCAGGUGCUCUAGCACCAGAGCACAUUAAGCCAUGUGAUCCCAUUUUGUGAGUCCUAUAUUACCAUUUGCUUUAUCAUGAGAAAGAAAUGAUGAUGACCUUCAGAGAAAUUUGAUAACCGCUUCAACUGUUACACCCAAUCUUUGCUGCUGUUUCCAUCACUCCUGCAUAUCUUUCUUCAGUGGAACCACAAACUAGUGGACUGAUGUC